AUGGUACAAUACAGUGUUACUUUGGUCGAGUUGUUCCUAGAAUCUGGAAGUGAGAGAUUCGUUCAACUGAUCAGAAUGACUUCGAAUGGAACGUAUGUGGUACCUCAGAAAGAAAUCAAGUCAAUCUUUGAUAUUACCAAAUGGUGCCAGUCAAAGGCUUAUGCGGGUUAUAUGGAAAUGAUUCAUGAACUGAACGAUUCGGUGAAAGGAAUCCUGACAACUGAAGAUAUUCCAAUUAGUCCGAAUGUUAUGGAGGCCAUCGAUAUUUUAGACGUAGUGCAGCUUAAAUAUGAAUGUGGGCUAUAUAAAGUGAUAAAACUACCUCGGAAUAGUGGAGAUAUAUUUAAGAAGUGGACCUUGGAAUAUCCACCGGAAGAUAUGGGUGAGCAGCGAUUCGGUAAUAAAUCAUAUCGUAAAUGGUAUGAACGCUUGACGCAGGAAGCCGACGAUCUAAUCUACAGUCUGCUUCCGGCAAAUGCGAAAGGAGCGGUCCAGGAAUUGGUGCCGUAUUUGUUGGAUUCGUUCGGGAACGCGACUCGAAUCGAUUAUGGUUCAGGACACGAAGCGUCAUAUUUGGUGUUGAUGUAUUGCCUUCGAAAGUUGGGUGUUUUCUCGAAGGAUGAUAAUCGUGCACUUGUGUUACGCGUUUUUCUGAAAUACUUACGAGUGGUACGUUGUCUUCAAAUAACCUACAGAAUGGAACCGGCUGGAAGUAGAGGCGUUCAUGCUUUAGACGAUUUCCAGUUCAUACCAUUCCUAUGGGGAAGCUCACAGCUGAUUGGCAACAAGAAGCGUCUCAUACCAGAUUCGUAUCUGAAUCCCCAGACGGUCGAACUGAACGCACCAAAGAAUCUUUUCUUUGACGCCGUACAAUAUAUCAAUGAGACAAAGACGGGUCCGUUUCAUGAGCAUUCGAAUCAAUUGUGGAACAUAAGUGCGGUUCAAACAUGGGAGAAAGUCAACUCGGGAAUGUUCAAAAUGUAUGAAGCUGAGGUGCUGAAGAAGUUUCCGGUUGUUCAGCACUUUCUGUUCGGUACGAUAUUCUCAUUCGAACCGGCGAAUGAGAUCAGCGAUCCAAAUUUAUUGCCAUCGCCACCAAAAACGAGCAGUCAAAAUGAUGCAACGACUGAGAGUGCUGUUACUGCUGCUGAGUCGGGUGAUAAACCUUUGGAGGCGAACAACUCGUAA